CGAUUUGAAGUCCGACGUUUUGGUUUUGCAGGCGCACGUGAAGGAUAACAUAAAAAAAUCGGUAUUCCAAAAGUACCCGAACAUGCGGACGUUAUCGCCGUUCGUGUAUCACUCAGAAAUCGAGGCUAUCUUUUCUACGGUGCGACAUCUGAAGGAAAUCGCCGAAGACAACCCCAACGUGUACACCCUUCUAUUUAUAGAGAGCCUUUUGGAACUGUGCGAAGCGUCGGCGAAGGAGGCCGAGUUUGUGGAGGUGAUUCGAAUAUUGGUCAAUUCUAAAACGCACACAGCGGAAAGUGUAGGGGACUUUGACGAGUUGAGCGACGACGUAUGUCUCGAUAGUCUUCGCAGCGUUCCAGCUGGUACAAGCAAACGUACAGAAAAGGCGGAACCGGUACCAAAGUGCCGUUUUAUACCUGUAAAAGACUUUUCCAUAUUUGAGAAUUGCGCAAUGGGAAUACUGAAACAUCAGAACGCAAAUAUCAAUCCAUGUUUGGUGAACGAGUACAAUCUGUGAUCGAAUCUCCUAUUAAGCCAAUGUUAAAUUCAGCUAAUGUAACAAGUAAUGGAGGUUUUAUUUAGCUUUUGUGUAACUGAGUAUACUAUCUACGGUAGAAAACUAAAUUAAAUCUUAUUCUAAUUUUUUUGUGGUGAAUUUGUCUUCGUUGCUCUCGACCUGUGAGUAUUGCAAGGCAACUGGAAAACUUUAUCGUUGUAGGAAAGAAAAUAAUCGUUUUUUUAAUAAAAUGUAAAUAAUUUGU